GGAGGGCGCCGGAGAGCGCGCGUAGCCUGAGCCGGCCCGGGAGCGGCCGGGCAGAGUGUGGGGCGGCGGCGCGAUGGCUCCAGCUGUGGACCGCGAAGGCUACUGGGGCCCCACGACCUCCACAUUGGACUGGUGUGAGGAGAACUAUGCGCUGACCCAGUUCGUCGCUGAGUUUUGGAAUACAGUGAGUAACCUGAUUAUGAUCGUACCUCCAAUUUUUGGUGCAAUUCAGAGCAUUAGAGAUAGACUGGAAAAACGGUACAUUGCUGCUUAUUUAGCACUCACGGUGGUAGGAAUGGGAUCCUGGUGUUUCCACAUGACUCUGAAAUAUGAAAUGCAGCUAUUGGAUGAGCUCCCCAUGAUUUACAGCUGCUGCAUAUUUGUGUACUGCAUGUUUGAAUGUUUCAAGACAAAGAGCUCAAUAAACUACCAUCUGCUUUUUACCCUAGUUCUAUUCAGUUUAAUAGUAACCAUGAUUUACCUAAAAGUAAAAGAACCUAUAUUCCAUCAGGUCAUGUAUGGAAUGUUGGUCUUUACAUUAGUACUUCGUUCUAUUUAUAUUGUCACAUGGGUUUAUCCAUGGCUUAGAGGACUAGGUUAUACAUCCUUGACUAUCUUUUUAUUGGGUUUUUUAUUGUGGAAUGUAGAUAACAUCUUUUGUGAUUCACUGAGGAACUUCCGAAAGAGAGCACCCCCUAUCCUAGGUGUUGCAACACAGUUUCAUGCAUGGUGGCAUAUUUUAACUGGCCUGGGUUCUUAUCUUCACAUCCUUUUCAGUUUAUAUACAAGAACACUUUACCUGAAAUACAGGCCAAAAGUGAAGUUUCUCUUUGGGAUGUGGCCAGUGAUCAUGUUUGAACCUCCGAGGAAACACUGAUGAAUUAUUCUACCAAGAAAACAAAAAGCACUUACUGUAGUUCUGGCAAGAUGGUCAAGAAGUCCCCAAAGACUUGCAUAUUCAAAGACACCACGCCCAUCACAAGAGAUGAAUGAAUCAGCCACAUAGAGAAUGAGCAAUUGGUCUGUUGGCUGCUUAGCUUCUGGCUUUAUCUUAUUUGUCCUCGACCUAAGAUGCUUACAGAAAAGCAGAUGGCAUAUAUUUAUAUUCUGGAAUGGUGGAGAAGUUGGGCUUUUCUUAACAGGUUAACAGUUUGUGCUGGUCAUUCAUGGGACAUUAAUAUUUUUUUAUUUUUUUUACAAGAGUUGCAUGUUAAUUAUACCUUUCUUAAUUUUUGAUUAAAUAUUGAACAAAGUCAUUAAGGACUAGUAAAAUGCCAUGUCCAGAUGGCUGACUAUAAGCCAGCAUUUAGCAAUGUCAGCUUUGAUUUAUAUUAUUUUCUUAACCUCACAGAUGGUUUUCUAACAUUAAAAAGAAAAAGAAAGACCUGAUUGUGGGAUCCUAGGUAGCUCCUUACUAUCUGCCUUGGUGCUAGCUAGAGUGCUGUAAGCAAACUCUGACCUGCCAGUGAAUGGGCUAUGUUCUUACCUCCAAGAAUUUGUCUCUGGCUCUGUGGACCACAGCCAAUCAAAGGGAUGGGCCAUCUAUUAUCCCUCCAGAAGCUCUUCCAUAGCACCUGUGGAAUGUAGCCCUUUUCACCAGUUAAAGUCUGUUAUUUUGUUUUCUUUGAUCUUCAAGUUAUUAUUAUUUUUGUGUCUAGCAAAUUUAACUGGUGGUCUGGCCUACCCAUAUUCUGUAUGCCAACAUAGUUUAAGUGAAGUUAUUGGGGAAAGUUGUGCAUUUUUUACUUCUUGCAUUAUGCAGUACUUACCAGUUCUCAGAGAAGUCAUGGCUAUAUCUAGGCACAUAUAUCAGGUUAACUACAAGUAAAAUGGUCAGGACUAUUUUGCAUAAAGCUUAUUAAAAUAUUUGCUCCUUCAUUUUUUUUGAGAAGAAAUACAAGUGUUGAAACAGUACUGACUUAUAACUUUUACCACAUCUAGAACUUAGAAAACUAAGUAAUAGCCAUAAAAUCUCACUGUGACACAUAUAGUUCUAAUUUGGACAUGAGUGUAUAAGAAAUUGAAUUGAUUGUCGAAAACAGUAAAUGAAAGAUCAUAUAUCUAUUGAUUGCAUCCUGAGCUAUGGCUUCAAAAGAAAAGUAAAGGUUUUUUCUCAUGCAAAAUUGAUAAAAAACAAACAAACAACUUUCCCAUUUUUCUAAUAUUCAUUAACUAGCCUUAGCCUGGCAGGGCGAUGCAUGCCUUUAAUCUCAGCAUUUGAAAGGCAGAGACAGGCAGAUCUCUGUGAAUUUAAGGCCAACCUGGUCUAUAUAGUUCCAGGCCAGGCAGAGAUACAUAGUAAAACUUUGUCUCAAACAACAACAACAAAAAAACAUGUUUAGUACAUUUUUAAAACCAAAAAUGUUUCCCAGAAUGCCAUUAAACAAGCAUACCUGUUAUUAAAAACAAGACAUGCCAAAACAUAAAUCUUAAGAGAACUUCAGUUGUACUUUGAUUGUAGGUCAGAGUCCUGAGAUGCCCAGGUUCCUGUGUCCUGGAACAAAAAUUGGACCAGAGACACAUGGGUAGUAAUGGAAAUAGAGAUCUUUUACUAGGAGAGGAGUGGGCCCGAGGACUGGCAAAGGUCUAAGGCUGAAAGGCCCUUGGCCAAGAGUUUCUACCCUUUAUAGCACAUUUAACAUAGCUCCCAUCUUUUCUGGCAAUUAGAGAAGGUAGGGCUUUUUUUUUAAAGCAUGCUGUUUUGUUAUGCAUAAACUGCAGUUGGAGGGGUUUCUAGUCUUCCUUUGGGAUUGUGGUGUUUUGUUUGUUUGUUUGUUUGCCUCUAGAACUUCCCAUUUGCCUACCUCACUUUACUCUAUCCUCGAAGCUUUGGUCUCAAAAAUCUUUCUGAGGGGCUAAAGGAUAAUAAUCUAUUUUGUAUAAUUUCCAUGAUGAUGAGGAGUGUAGUCCUUGCCAAAGAGAGACCACAAAGCUCUCUUCCUGUUGGUUGGAGGGAGGCUUUGGAGUUUUUGUUGUGGGAGUUGACUUGAAUCCCUAUAUCAUAAUGAGUUAAGUUUGAAACUGUCAUAUCCUGAAAACACAGAUUUUACCAGGAUCAAAAAAAUGCAAGAAUUUGGCCUAGAGAGAUGGUUUAGCAGUUAAGAGCACUAAUUGCUCUUGCAGGAAACCUGGGUCUGGUUCUCAGUACCUACAUGGUAUCUCACAACUAUCCAUAACUGCAGUUCCUAAGUAUCUAACAACCUCUUCUGACAUCUGCAGGCACCAGACACACAAGUGGUACACAUACAUAUCUGCAAGUAAAAUAACUAAAAUAAAUAAAUCUAAAGAAAAGCUGUCAAUGCAAGAAUAAUGUGAUUAUGCCCAAAAAGGACCAAAGUCAGGAAAACCAAAGCUAUGUUUGUGUAAAUUGUUCCGGAUAUGGUCCUUUACUUAAAGAAAGAAAAAAAAAAGACAUGUGUGUGUGUGUGUGUGUGUGUGUGUGUGUGUGUGUACACACACACACUCCCAACUGAUAGUUAUACAUUGAGAUCAUGACAAAAUGCAAAAGAACAAUUUUCAGGAAAAAUCCAGUAAUGGGAUAGAUUAAAGGAGGGAAGAUGGGGUUGGAUGGGGUUUGUAACCACUGAGUACCAAUAGUGCCAAAAGAAAAAGAAUGAAAAAAAACAAAACAUAAGAUUAUAAUUACAGAUAGAUUUAUAAUAGAGUUUAUCUUUGCCUUUAAGAAGUUAAGACAUCCUGUUUGUUGUCUGAAGAGGUCCUUUAAGUCCUUAAGCCUUUUAGUAGCUUAUAGGUGUAGGUGGCCUUGUCUUCAAAGUGUUCUUCAGGCUGUGGAGACCUGGGUCUUAUGGACACUGGUGCCACUUCCUUAGAAUGACCUCUACAGGCUGUAUCCUGUCUCCAAACAUCUACUGCCCUUCUGUAAUCAGCAUUAAUACCCUGUCAGAUACAGUAUAUUGUCUUUGCCCAGGAUCUCCAGAGAAAUAAGGUUUUAGCAAUGCACUUAGUUGUAACCAAAAUAAGGGAGACUUUCCUUUUCUGGUAAGAUUUAAUCAUAUGUCCUUUUUAUUACAUACAGAGUAAGUAUACCCAGUCUAAUGUUAUUACUUGAUGGUAUUGUAACUCCUGUAAUUUUCAUUAUAGAAAGGAAAUUCAACUUAAAGAUCUUUGGCAAACAUAUCCAUGAUUCUAGAUGUAUCUCAGCCUUACCAGAAAUCUUGCAUCCAAUACUUGUACACUAAGAGCACUCUUAUAAAAGGAAUCAUUCCAACUGAAGAAUUCUAACCACAGCAUCCAGAGAACUGAGUCAACAUAAAGCAUGUUGAUGCUGUUUUAUUUUUGUUAUCCUUGACUUCUAAAAAAAUGAAAUAAAAUUUUAAUCUUUUCCAGAAA